AUGUAAAAACUCACUCCAUCAGCGCAUUCUUAGAUAUCCACACCUAAUUCGAUAAGAAGAUUGCACUCCUUCGGAAAUUCCAAUGGAGUCGUUCUGAUGAAUUAAUAUUUCAACUUACCUUUGAUAUCAACCAAAAGCACAAAAGAAUAUUAGGGAAUUUAAGUGAUUAAGCCGAAUACGAUCUCAAUGAUUGGAGAAUUUGAUGAUUACAAUCAGUAUCAUCCUUAGGAGAACAAUAAAAUCCAAUUAUAAACCUUAGUUAGCAAAGGAGAGAAAUCUCCUAAUUGUCCUAACUACACUAUUUUAGAGAUGUAUUAUUAAAAUAAAUCCAUCUCAAAUAAAAAACCAAUAAAAAAAAGAAAACUUGUAAGACCCUCGUAAGAAGCAAUAGAAGAAUAGAAACCUUCUAGACUUCAAAAUAAAAUUGUACAAAAUUUCGACAAGCCAAAUGAUAGUUCAAAAUAUACUUUAGAGAGAAACUAUUAUUCAAGAUAAGGGGAAUUAAAUGAAGACGCACAAUAAUUUAUAUUUCCAGAUUUAAAUUAAGUGUCUCAUAGUUAAAAGAACAGCGAAUUUGAGAUUUUGACUUAACGAAUUAAACUUAGGAGAAGAAAGCUGAAAGUUAUUUUUCUAUUUGUUUUUUCAACUAUGGUGAUAUCAAAAUAAUUCAGGUUUUUUAAAUAAGAAGAGAGACAACUUAUAUCCAAACUGAAUAAAAAACUCUAAAGUUGCUAGAAAAUUAUACUCUAAAAUGGGGUCAAAUUCAUUGAAGAAUAGCAAUAAUAGUUUGUCUAAAUUAUUUCGAAUAAGGUUAUUCACUACCUCAAUAGUCGGACAUAUAUUAAUGAAUGCAAUUUAAUUGAUGAAUUAUCUAAUCCUAUUUAAAGUUUGGAUUUGAAGAAAAUAAGAGCACAAAGUUUUUCUAAAUUGAUAUACUAAAAUUUGGAAUUACUGACUCGAUCAAGUAAUUUUCCUAAAUUGUUAAAAUGUUAAUUGAUCACUAGUCUUUACAAGACUUCAAAACAAUAAUCUUCGUUCUUUGUAGGAGAGAGAUGUCAUUUUUACUCAGCCGAUAGAAUUCAUAUUUCGAGGGAAGAGAAAUUAGUAAUUUCUAUGGAAUAUCUACUUUUUUAAAUAGUGGUUCCAAAUUUAGUUCAAUUAGUUAAUAAGAUACCUUAGAGUAAUAAAAAAUGUAAAAUACAAACCUAAAAAAUAAUAAUUAUCAUUGCCAGUCUACUACAUUAAUAAUUUAUAGAUAGAUUUUAAAAUAUGAGAAAAGUGAAAAAUCCUAAUGGUUAUAUGGUCAAUAAGCAAUUGAUUAUAUAAUAUAUGCAAAAUGACCUAUUUCUUAAUGAGAUUAAGGUUGCACACAGCACAGGCGACAAUAACAAGGUUCUUGAAGGGCUAAUAGAUUAGGAGUAACUCUAAUACCUUGAAAUUUCAAAGCCAUUGUGGAAAUCACAGAUCGAUAUAUUAUUUGAGAAGGUUGUGUAGAAUGUCGAAUCUCUAAUAAACUUUUGA